AUGUGGCUAGCCCUGGGUGACAAAAACACAAGCUACUUUCACGCUGUAACAAAGGGAAGGAAAGCAAUCAAUAAAUUCUCCGUGAUGGAAGAUGAAGAUCAGAACGUGGCUCUCAAGCCCUGUAUCUCAGAUGACGUGAACUCGCAUCUGACAUCUAUCCCGACACCAGACGAGAUCAAACAGGCAUGCUUUGCAAUCCACCCAGAUAAGGCUCCAGGACCUGAUGGUUUCUCAGCUGGAUUCUUCCAAGCAAACUGGGAUACGGUCUCUAGUAAAAUCAUCACCGAGAUACAGAGCUUCUUCACGACGGGGAUCCUGCCAAAGAACAUCAAUGCGACGCAUGUGAGGCUCAUUCCAAAAGUCACAAGUCCAAAGAAAGUAGCGGACUAUAGACCAAUAGCGCUGUGCAACGUCUACUUCAAAAUGAUAUCCAAGAUUCUUACCCUGAGGUUACAGCCGGUUCUCAAUGGCAUGAUUUCAGAGAAUCAAUCUGCUUUUGUCCCACAACGAGCUAUAUCAGACAAUGUGCUCAUCACACACGAGACUCUACACUACCUGAAGACAUCAAAAGCAAAGAAACAAGUGUAUAUGGCAGUGAAGUCAGAUAUGACAAAGGCUUACGAUAGAAUAGAGUGGGAGUUUGUUCGCCUAGUACUAGAGAGACUUGGAUUCCAUCCCAAAUGGAUCCAAUGGGUGAUGCAGUGUUUAACAACAGUCUCUUACACGUACCUCAUUAAUGGAUCAGCGCAAGGGGCAGUUACUCCGACUAGAGGCAUCCGCCAGGGAGACCCCCUAUCACCAUAUAUCUUCAUCUUGUGUAGCGAGGUCCUCUCCGGACUGUGUAAUAGAGCACAAGUGGAAGGAAGAUUGCCUGGGAUUCGUGUAUCCAAACGAAGCCCCAUAGUGAACCACCUGUUGUUCGCUGACGAUACAAUGAUAUUCUGUAAAGCUGACCCAAAGAGUUGCAAAGAACUACUCUCCAUCCUCCGGAAGUAUGAGGAAGCUUCGGGACAAAAAAUAAAUCGACAGAAGUCAGCAAUAACGUUUUCAUCGAAGACCGACCAAGCAGUGAGGCAACAAGUCAAAAAUGCUCUAGAGAUACAACAAGAAGGAGGAAACGGGAAAUAUUUAGGCUUGCCUGAACACUUUGGAAGGCGAAAGAAAGAUCUAUUUAGCCAAAUAGUGGACAGAGUCAAGCAGAAAGCUCAGAGCUGGUCCACAAGAAGAUUGUCACCUGCGGGAAAACUAACAAUGCUAAAGUCAGUUCUAGCUGCAAUGCCAACGUAUACAAUGACAUGCUUCAAGUUCCCAGUCUCGCUAACUAAGCGUAUACAGUCAGCCCUAACUAGAUUCUGGUGGGAUGGCAACGACGAGACGAAGAAAAUGUGCUGGAUCUCAUGA